AUGACGAGGUAUAUCAAACAAAUGGAGAAAGAAGGCUUGCAGUUGGAGCUACUGGAGGACGGCACCCGCAUAUACUUGCGCCUGCGUAGGAAAGAAAGGGCAAUGUCCCCAAAGGUCCAAGGUCGAUGUCGAAGUAGACUGGGAAUGCAGCUCUUCCAUCCUUGCCCGGGUGGAUCCAAGCAUUCACAGCCGGCCACGGGGGUGAUGUUGCUUUUCCAAGCUCGUAUUGCAAUGAGAAGAGCCUGCUGUGGCUUUGCCGGCUCCACCAUGAACGUUUCAACGGGAGUACAUGAACGAGUCAACUUCAACCAAGUCCCAGCAAGUUGCGCCGGGGCUCGACGCGCAAACCUUAACGCAAGACACCAGAGCGUCAGUCGUUCAGGUGCGCGCGGCUGUGCUGCCGAUUCAGCUAAGGUCCACGGCAUCUACGCAGUUGGACCAGUCGCAUUAGGACUGGACAUCGGAAAGAUGUACUGUCCAUCCACCCAACCGCUUGAUCCUGCACGAUUUCUUGAAGCUUCAGCGCAAGCUCAAGCUCACCCCGGAAGCAUGUCUGAAUAUCUUGUCGACACUGCAGAUGAUGGGGAGCAAUGCAGCGAUGACUCCAGCAACCCCCAAGACCAGCCGUGGAUGACUGCAAGCAUUCUCGAUGACACUCCUUCCCCCGCGUCCAAUGCCCAUGAAUCGAUAGGAGCUUUCCGGCAAUUGUGGGGCCAGGACCAGACGUCUCUGCUCACGGAAAUCCAGCAGAAUAACAAUCUUCAAUACCAUGUUGCUCACUCAAGCAACAGUACGGCCGAAGAUCGCCGGCCCCCUGAAUGCAUCGACCCCUCCGCUCUCACGAUGCCGGAUCCACACUAUGGCUCCUCGCCGGGCUUCGUCGGAUAUGAUGACCGCUACCCUCGCGCGUUAGCUGAAGACUGGAAUGAAGGGGGCUCAACGAUAUGUUUCGGCGCCCCUGGGAACCCCAGCGACGAUGACGCAGCUAAAGCCUGUGCUCGAACUGCGUUAGAGUAUCCUUCCGCGAUACCCGUGCCAUUCGACAAUCAAGAUGAAAACUACGGAGGGCCAGACAGCAACUUCAUUCCUGGGGUCCUUGGCCGACAGAUCGGACACCGAGAAGCGCUGGGUGUCGAUACCGCACGAUUGAUGACUCGUCUAUGUGUGCGUAACGACGAUGGCGGACACGCGCCUCUGCCUCCCAACGUAGGCUACGACAACGUGGCUGUGGAUAGCAGUCAAGAAACGGUCUUACCGCCUCAAUGCUUCGGCAACGUCCAGACCCAACAGAGCUUGGUUGAAUAUCAACAGCUGCCUGGGGUGAUAUUGAAUGAUUUCCAGUAUGUCGUGUGGGAGGGCACUCCAGUGGACGUCGAUCUGAACGUGACCGGCUCCAUGUCGACGCGCAAAUCAAGCGGCUGGCCUCAUCCUGAAGUCGUCUCUCAGCACUCUGGUGAUGCACCUUCGCCACCAAGUACGGCAGCAAAUACGGACGGACUGGAUUGCCCUAGGCACCUUCGCCUCAAGCAUGGUGAAACCAUCGUACAAUAUCCGUGCGAAGACGAUUAUUGCACACGACGGUUCAACAGGAAGGACGCUAGACUGAAGCAUUACCGCAAGGCGCAUCCACACUUGAGCCCAGGACCACCUGUGUUACGGGGCUCGCCAUCGUUGCCCGAGAGUGACUAG